GUUGGACAUAAUCAUUACCCUGAACGUCACUUUUUAGACAGAAGACUUUGUAAGGUGUUUGCUCCCCACUGUCAUUGCCAUCCCUGACCAUGACAUCAAAUUGUACUAUUGACAAGAUUAAACACGUCUUAUCUGACUUGCAGUCUCAGUUAGAUGAAAUAGCCCAAUCCAAGAAAGCAAAUGUUGUUGAGAACAAUGAGCAACCAAUCGAAAAACCAGUCGAGGAGAAGAGACAAUCAACUUCUUUGUGGGGUCUGAUCAAAGAAGCAGUCAAAAAAGGUUUUAAAGUGAAGAAAGAGACCUCAACCUAUGCAAGUGAGAGCAACGAAGGAAGCCAAGGAGGAAGCAGAAAAGGCAAGAGCAACAUCCGCCAAGAUCAAGAAGACGCAAACCUCGAGAUCUUGAAACUGCAGAACGACAUUCGUCAGAUGAAGGCUGCGUUUGAGAAACUGGAUCUUUUCCAAAGCAGAAUUAGCAAGUCGUUGGAUACUGAAGUACCUUCAAAUAAACUAAAAGCAAUACUAUCGAAGACUGAUUCAGUCAAGUCCCAAGCAAGGGAUCUCAAGGAGAUCAGAAGAAAGGUCCUCAACUUGAAAGGUCAGAUCCCAUCAUUGCUCAAGAAACAUUCAUCCAUAGGGUUAAGCGUUUCAGAUUCUCAAACCGCUGAGGAAAAUGGUCAGAUCGUUGAGACGGGUAGCGACAUAAUUUUGCCUGGCCUCCACGUUUCUUAUGACUUCAUACAUUCAUCAGCUUUUGAAGAAGUUGUGGAGAAGUUUGAUGCCCUUUCUGAGUUUACAGACAAGCUAUGUCUGCUUUCCUUCGCCGUGUUCCCGGAGUGCAAAGAGGUUGAAAGGACAAUGCUGAUGUAUUGGUGGAUUGGAGAAGGUUUCAUCAUCUCUCAAGGUUCUGAAGAAACAGUGACGAAAAUUCUUGAUGAAUUUUCAAGAAUGGGAUUGCUUGAGCCGGUCGAAGAUGAGAGGAAACUAAAACCAAGUGGCUAUAAGAUGGAACCUCAUGUGCACGCCGCAGUUAUCAAGCUAGCCGAUCGUAUGGAACUAUUUAAGCUCUAUUCCGAAAAGAAGCUUACGAUGCAACGUUCAGAGAAGAAUAACGUCUGCUUAGUAAAACGUUCGUCGUUGCAACCAGAGGCUAAAGCAUCUAAAAUGCCACAGAUCAAAGAUUUGAACUCGGUUUUCAAUUCCUCUGAACGGUACCCUGAUUUCACAUUCAAGUGGUUUCCAGGGAUGGAAGCACUUAAGGUGCUUUAUCUAGGAAGAUGGGAACGUACUGCUAAGCGUCACAUUGAAGUCGAGAGCACAGAGUUUCUCAAGGAUAUGAAGUCAUUGAAGAAUCUCAGACUCGCGAGUUUUCAAGGGAUCUCGAGGAUUGAAAACCUCAAAGAACUCAAUUGCUCGCUGCCAAAGCUAGUCAUAUUGGAUCUUAGAGCAUGCUACAAUCUAGAGGGUCUUCCGAAAGACAUAGGCUCGCUUGUGAGUCUGAUAUACUUGGAUGUGUCAGAGUGCUAUAUGCUAGAUCGCAUGCCUAAAGAGAUUUCACGUCUUACGGCACUACAAGUUCUUAAGGGCUUUGUGAUUAGUCAGUCCGAUGAUGAAAAAGACUGUGCAGUUAAGUACCUUAAGAAUCUAAGGAAGCUAAGCAUUACUGUAAACAGAUAUGAAUUCAAGGUGGAAGAUUUCAUGGAGUCGUUGAAAGACCUCCAGGAACUUGAGAGCCUGAAAAUAGCAUGGGGAGCUCGAUUCCAGAAUGAAGGAGAAAAAGGAGAAAAGACGGAAGAAACUGAUGAAACAGAGACUCAGAAACAACAAGGUCAUGCAACACAGGAGAAGCAUAAAGAUACAAAGGAAAGAGAAGAUGAUCAAGUGCAUUUGAAAGGACAGACAAACGAGGAAAAGAAAGAUGGAAAUAAGAAAGAUAAUCUAGAAGAGGAAGAAAAGAAGAGCCAUGAGGUUAAUGCAGAGAGGUUAGAGUCUGAUAAAGUCGUUGAGGGAGACAAAGGGAAUGCAAAUAAAGAGGAAGGGAAAAGUAAAGUGGCAAGAGAAGGAGAUAAGGGGAAGGUUACUACAGAAGAAGGAAAGAAGCAAGAUAAGGUAGACGCAGAGAAAUCAAGAUCAGAAGAUGGUGUUGAAGGAGUUAAAAAGGCGCGUCCAUCCUCGGAAUCAACAAACAAGAAAACAGAUGACAAACAAGAAGAGAAAGGAGGUGGAGAAAAGGAGAAGGUUAAUUCAGAAGAAGGUAAGAAGAAAGAUGAGGUGAAAAAAGUCAGCUCAAAACCAGACAAGGUUAUCGAGGGAGAUAAGAAGACAAGUCCACCACAAGAAUCCAAAGACACGAGCAAGCUAGAGGAUCACCAAACAGGUGACAAACAAGAAAAGAAAAGAGAGGAAGAAAAGGAUAAAACAGAGGGAGAGAAGAAAGAUGAGGUAAAAGCAGACAACUCCGAACCAGAAAAGGUAGAUAAGAAGACAAGUCCACCACAAGAAUCCAAAGACACUGUCAAGAGCAAGCUAGAGGAUCACCAAACAGGUGACAAACAACAAGAGAAAAGAGAGGGAGAUAAAACAGAGGGAGAGAAGAAAGAUGAGGUAAAAGCAGACAACUCGGAACCCGACAAGGUAGAUAAGAAGACAAGUCCACCACAAGAAUCCAAAGACACUGUUACAAGCAGGCCAGAUGACAAACAAGAAGAGAAAAGAGACGAAGAAAAGGAUAAAAGAGAAGAAGGUAAGAAAAAAGAUGAGGUGAAAGCAAUGAGCGCAAAACCAGACAAGGUACUCGAAGGAGAUAAGAAGACAAGUCCACAGCAAGAAUCCAAAGACACGUUCCAGAGCAAGCCAGAUGAUGACCAAAGAGGUGAGAUACAAGAAGAGAAAAGAGAAGGGGAAAAGGAUAACAUAGAAGAAGUAAAGAAGAAAGAUGAUGUAAAUGCAGAGAACUCGAAACCAGGCAAGGUAGAUAAGAAGACAAGUCCAGCGCAACAAUCCAAAGACACGAUCCAGAGCAAGCCAGAUGAUAACAAAGAAAAUAGCAAAGUGCAGGAUACAGGAGAUGGAGAAAAGAUCAAGGGUGCUUUAAAGAAGCAUGAAGGAGAAGAAGCAAAUACUCAGAAGUUAGACAAGAACAAGCUUAAUAAGAAAGUAAGCUUUUCAGAAGAACCCAAAGCUCCCGUCCAGAAGAAAUCAGCUACCAAGGAAUCUGGAUCAAGAAUAGCAGGAUUGUUCACUAGGACGAAAACCGAAGCCAAGAGAGGGCAAGAAGAUUCGGGAACAGAUACCCCUAAGCUUCCUUCUAGCUUGACGAAGUUGGAGCUAGAAUGUUACCCUAAUAAGGAACCUCCUGUCUGGUUAAAUCCCAAAACACUUGACAAUCUUAAAAAGCUUUCAAUCAAAGGAGGAAACCUUAGCAGAUUCAGUGACAAACCUACAAAUGCAAAAAACAAAUGUGGUGUUCAGAUCUUACGUUUGAAGUACUUACAUAAAUUCAAGGCUGAGUGGAAAGAUUUGCAGGAGUUGUUUCCACAACUGAAACUGUUGGAGAAAUAUAAAUGUCCGGAAGUUGCAUUCUGUCCAACGGAUGGUAAUGGAGUCUGGAGAUCACAGCCAUAG